CGCUGACGACGCUCGGGCGUGUGAUCGACGUGCUCGCGGACAUGGCAACGAAGGGCGCGAAAGCGCAGUACAGCGUUCCGCCGUUCCGCGACUCGAAGCUGACGUUCAUCCUGAAGGACUCGCUUGGCGGGAACUCGAAGACGUUCAUGGUUGCGACUGUGAGCCCGAGCGCGCUGAACUACGAGGAGACGCUGAGCACGCUGCGGUACGCGUCGCGCGCGCGCGACAUUGUGAACGUUGCGCAGGUGAACGAGGACCCGCGCGCGCGGCGGAUCCGCGAGCUGGAGGAGCAGAUGGAGGACAUGCGGCAGGCGAUGGCUGGCGGCGACCCCGCGUACGUGUCUGAGCUGAAGAAGAAGCUUGUGCUGCUGGAGUCGGAGGCGCAGAAGCGCGCGGCGGACCUGCAGGCGCUGGAGCGGGAGCGGGAGCACAACCAGGUGCAGGAGCGGCUGCUGCGCGCCACGGAGGCGGAGAAGAGCGAGCUGGAGUCGCGUGCGGCUGCGCUGCAGAAGGAGAUGGCCGCGACGCGACGGCAGGCGGACAAGAUGCAGGCGCUAAACCUGCGGCUGAAGGAGGAGCAGGCGCGCAAGGAGCGAGAGCUGCUGAAGGAGAUGGCGAAGAAGGACGCCGCUGUCGCAGAGCAGCACCGACUUGUGGCUGAGAAAGAGUUGAUGCUGCAACAGAUGGUCAACGACCUGGACAAGGAGCGCAAGUCACACGAGUGUGUGAUGGCGUCUUUGCAAGCCCAUCAGGAACGCCUCAUGGAGGCGCUUGAGGACAAGCAGCAGUCCGAUGCACAACGGCUUGCCCUGACGGCAGAAAAACAGAAGCUGCAGGUUGAGUUGACGGAGCAGCAACAGCAGCAGUCUUCCUACAUAGCGCGUCUUAUCGAGCAGCUGAAGCGCACGGAAUACGAAUUUGUGCACAGAGAACACAUCCACGCCCUCCUCACGCAAGAGACCGAGGCACGAUACGCACUGCUUGAGAACCAGGCCCAGCUCUGUCAAGAGCUACAACACACUGAAUCCCAACAGAGACACAUCAUUAACACCGCCCUCGCGCAGCGACUACAACAUGCCAUUACUGUACACGAGACUCGAGCACUUCAAGCCCAAGGUGAGGCUUCGACGCUCAUGCACCAACUCCAGCAUCUCGAGCACGCUUCUCAGACCUCGCACUAUAAGCUGAAGUCCGCUAUGGACACACUGCAGUGCUCGCAUACAAGCCUAGAGACAAUACACCGACAGCUAGAGGGCGAGCACGCGGAGCUGACCAAGGCGCACAAGCAGCUGGAGAAGGCACAUGCCAAGCUGGAGAAGUCGCACGCCACGCUGACGGAGUCGAGCGCGGCGCUGGAGCAGCAGGUGGCGGAGUGGAAGACCCGCGGCGCGAGCCUGGAGGCUGAGCGCGGCGCCGUGUCGGACCGCCUUGUGCGGCUGGAGGGCGAGCACGCGGAGCUGACCAAGGCGCACAAGCAGCUGGAGGGCGAGCACACGGAGCUGACCAAGGCGCACAAGCAGCUGGAGGGCGAGCACGCGGAGCUGACCAAGGCGCACAAGCAGCUGGAGGGCGAGCACACGGAGCUGACCAAGGCGCACAAGCAGCUGGAGGGCGGGCACGCGGAGCUGACCAAGGCGCACAAGCAGCUGGAGGGCGAGCACGCGGAGCUGACCAAGGCGCACAAGCAGCUGGAGGGCGAGCAGGCGGAGCUGACCAAGGCGCACAAGCAGCUGGAGGGCAAGCACGCGGAGCUGACCAAGGCACACAAGCAGCUGGAGGGCGAGCACACGGAGCUGACCAAGGCGCACAAGCAGCUGGAGGGCGAGCACGCGGAGCUGACCAAGGCACACAAGCAGCUGGAGGGCGGGCACGCGGAGCUGACCAAGGCACACAAGCAGCUGGAGGGCGAGCACACGGAGCUGACCAAGGCGCACAAGCAGCUGGAGGGCGAGCACGCGGAGCUGACCAAGGCACACAAGCAGCUGGAGGGCGGGCACGCGGAGCUGACCAAGGCGCACAAGCAGCUGGAGGGCGAGCACACGGAGCUGACCAAGGCGCACAAGCAGCUGGAGGGCGGGCACGCGGAGCUGACCAAGGCGCACAAGCAGCUGGAGGGCGGGCACGCGGAGCUGACCAAGGCACACAAGCAGCUGGAGGGCGAGCACACGGAGCUGACCAAGGCGCACAAGCAGCUGGAGGGCGAGCACGCGGAGCUGACCAAGGCACACAAGCAGCUGGAGGGCGGGCACGCGGAGCUGACCAAGGCACACAAGCAGCUGGAGGGCGGGCACGCGGAGCUGACCAAGGCACACAAGCAGCUGGAGGGCGGGCACGCGGAGCUGACCAAGGCACACAAGCAGCUGGAGGGCGAGCACACGGAGCUGACCAAGGCGCACAAGCAGCUGGAGGGCGAGCACGCGGAGCUGACCAAGGCACACAAGCAGCUGGAGGGCGGGCACGCGGAGCUGACCAAGGCGCACAAGCAGCUGGAGGGCGAGCAGGCGGAGCUGACCAAGGCGCACAAGCAGCUGGAGGGCAAGCACGCGGAGCUGACCAAGGCGCACAAGCAGCUGGAGGGCGAGCACACGGAGCUGACCAAGGCGCACAAGCAGCUGGAGGGCGAGCACGCGGAGCUGACCAAGGCACACAAGCAGCUGGAGGGCGGGCACGCGGAGCUGACCAAGGCGCACAAGCAGCUGGAGGGCGAGCACACGGAGCUGACCAAGGCGCACAAGCAGCUGGAGGGCGAGCACGCGGAGCUGACCAAGGCGCACAAGCAGCUGGAGGGCGAGCACACGGAGCUGACCAAGGCGCACAAGCAGCUGGAGGGCGGGCACGCGGAGCUGACCAAGGCGCACAAGCAGCUGGA